AUGGAGUUUGUAUCGACUCAGAUACAGAGUGCCUAUGAAGACUACGAGGAAAAAGAGCGCCAUGAUAGGGAUAUCAAGAAGAAGUUAGCCAGCUUCAAGUCUGCAGAGUUUGGGCACAACUUUGCGGAACAGACAAGCCAAAACUCAAACCCUCGUAAACGCAAGAUUUCGGAGAAAAGUCAGAAGGAACGACCUAUUAGAAGCCUGAAUGCUCAGGUGUUGAAUAUGUUCCACGGGAAUGUUGAACUGAUAAAGCAGCAAAGAGCCUUGUUGAAAGUGCUAUCUGGAAAGAAGAGGAAGGUCAAUGAAGUCUUGAAGCACGUUGAGAACAUUGAGCUGGAGAAUUCAACAACUCACAGAGAUAAAAGAAAAAUUGCAGGAACAAGAAUCAACUCAAGUACGUUUCCCGACGAUUUUGGAGAGGUGCUUUACACCAAGAACGAAUGGGACUUGCUGAUUAAUUCUAUAAGAAUCCGCUUUCCCAGAUUGUCAGCAACUUCGAGGAAGACUUUAAACAUGAUUACAGAGAAGUACAAUGAGCGUUUACACUCUGCAGAAGUCAGCAUUUGGGAUGCGUCGUCAAUGCCCCCUAUUCAGUUGACUUCUGAUGAUAUUCGGGUGUUACAUGAUUUGAAGGAGGACGAUGAGACUGAACCCAAUGAACUAGAGUCGAUUUCAGACACUCGAUCAGUCAUUUUAACACUUUCACAGGCUUUAAAGCAGGAUACCAGCAAAAUAGUAGAAGAGGAGCAAAAUAUAGAAGAAGUAGAAGGUGGCAUGCCAUUAUCACAAGGCGUCGAAGACGUUCCAGACUCGGAGCCAGAAGUUUUAGCUAAGAACGAGAGAAGUAUUAUUUCACUUAAUUCUGACAUGAUUGUACAAUCAUCACAAGUUGAGCCAAUCAUUUUAUCUUCCGAUGCAGGAACUCCGCAAAGGAGAAGAGACAGUUCACAGCUAACACAACCACUUGAAGAGCCCAUACUAACAACACACCUGAAGUCAUCUCCAGCACUGUCAAAACAUUCAAAAACGCCGACGUCAACCCAAUCGCCUAUUAAACUUCCUUUCAACUUUAGGGAGUCUACACCUGCCAUAGACCAGCUUCCCAGUUUUCUCGAUGAUUGGAGAGGUGCUGUAGUAUCUGACGAAUCUCAGGAGGUGGUCUAUAGCACAGCUCAGAACCAUUCACAAACUAAAUCUUCAGCAUAUUCGACGGCAAGAAGCAAUUUUGAAGACAAUUCCACUAGGAAAACGUUAAACACAGGAGAAAACGAGGAUAGCAUUACAGUGUUAAAGAAAACAAUAGUUCCGUUUUACGGUAAAAUAAACCCAGAAAAAGAGAUCGUCUACCACAGUAUUGAAGAGAAUGAGGAAGGUGAAACUAGAGAGAUAAAAUCCAAGUUGAUGGAUAGAAUGCGUCUUCCAAACAAUGAAGAGAUAAACGUAAUUCCUGACUCAGAAUCGGAUUCAGAACAUGACGUGAGUUUCUUAGAAGUGAUUUCUGUUGUGAAACGUAGAGAACCAGAACUGGAAGGAGAUUUCUCUGGAUUCAAUACUAAUUUAUUCAACCCACCUAGACAAGAUACGCUAAUAUCCCUUGAUGAGAAUGAUUCUGAAGAGGUUUUCCGCUCACAGAGUCAAAAUUAUAUUCAAUUAAAUAAUACUCAAGAUCAAACCCAAGAUCCAACAUCAAAACAGAGAGAACCUACUAAUACACAGCUGGAGCCAGAUAAUGAAGUGGUCAAUGAUGAAGAGACUUUCGAAAAAUGGAAGUUGUUAUUAAAGAGCAACCCAGAAAUAUAUCAGCAGAUUGUGACCUUCAAACCACUAUUUCUGAGUGAAAUAAUAAAGUUUUUGGAGGCAAAUGGCUUCCUGAUGCCUAAACCAAAAGAUGUCAACCUCUUGAAAAGAUUUUUGGAUACUCAAAGUGUCUGUUUCACGGAAAGAGCGCGUAAAUAG